AUGGGUUACGAAGGAUUCGAUAGGACCAUAACCUCCAUAUGUAGCCAACUAAUCCAGUUACAUGAUUGCCUACAGAGGCUUAAUUCAAUAGAUAUCACCAAAAUGAAUGACUUGGAGUUAGCGCGAUUAGAGUACACUAAAUGUAGACUAUUAAUUGCAAUAUAUCAAGUGUAUCUAGGGGUAAACGGAAUCGGCACUACCACCAAAUUAGACAAUGAUUUAAAGAAAGCCAAUAGAUACGCAGAAAUUAUACAUGAUUCCUGUCCAAGAGAAAUAAAAUCCAGAAAAUUAGACAUUGCCUCAAUGGCCAGGAUAAUCAAGUUUCACAUUUAA